GGGGCCUCCGCCGGACCGCGCCGAGCCGCGCCGCGCCGCGCCGUCACGGCGGCCCGGGGACCCGUCGCGGGGUCCUGGCUGCCUGCUGAACACAGACCAGGCAUUAACUCCCAGAAGAAACUGUUGAGAGUCUGUGGAAAUCUGCAGACAAGAAGCAGAAGAUGGGAGCGGAUCUCUCUCCCCCACACCACUGUCCUGCUCAGCCCUCUCAGCUUGUCACUGAAUCCUGGUGCAGCUGAAGCGACUACAGGCACUUUAAAGAUGCGCUCGAGCACAGAGGAGGAACUGGAGAAGGACAGGCCAAGGUCGUGGUCCCUCACACAGGUUCAGUGGCAAAUAUGAACAUUUGUGAACAUUUGACAACAACUCCUUGGCACAUGAUGAAUUUUCUGGAAUCUAAAGCACAGAACGCUUGCAAUAGCACUUUCUAAGUUCAACUUUAAUUUAAAUGAAAGAAAAAUAACCAUCUGCAUCAACUGUAGUGAUGGCUAGCAAAAGAAAAUCCACAACUCCCUGCAUGAUACCAGUAAAAACACUGGUACUUCAGGAGACUGAACUGGAUGCUGCAGAAAAUGAUCGUGUAGGAAUGCAACAAGAUGCUCCUGCGGAAGGGCCAGCAACUGGUGAUGCUGGAGCCAGCAGUGGGAAUAACGGAGCUUUGUCUAACGGGCACCGUGGCAUUGCUGACAGUGACACUUAUAUCUGCAAGUCUUGUGACUUUGGGUCUCAAGACAUACAUCAGUUCUUUGGGCACUUGGACUCUGAGCACUUAGACUUUAGCAAAGAUCCUGUGUUUGCUUGUGUUGUGUGCAACUUUCUGGCAAACAGCCACGAAGGGCUCUCGCACCACAAUGCGGAGUCACACGCAGGUGAAAGCAGCUUCAUCUGGAGGGUGGUUAAGCAGGACAGUCGUACAACUGUGGAGCAAAGUGUCUGCGAGGCCAACAGCAGUCACGACCUUCCAGGAGAGGUCCCGGAAGAAGGAGUGGAUGGCCAGUCUGAAAUUAUCAUUACCAAAACCCCUAUCAUGAAGAUAAUGAAAGGUAAACCCGAGGCCAAAAAAAUCCACACGCUGAAGGAGAAUGUGUCGAGUCAAUUGGGCAGUGAGUCAGAGGUGAAAGACGGAGAGCAUUCAUUCCCAAACGGGUCUGUGCCUGUGAGCCAGCCCACUGCAAGUUCAACAAAAUCAUCUCAUGUAGUGAACGGCUCCAUCAUUGGAAACGUGCCUGUUCUGCAGGCGGGUGUUGCACAACUGGUGUCACUGCAGCAGCAGCCCCCGUUGCAUCAACAGCUACCUACAUCCAAGUCACUUCCCAAGGUGAUGAUUCCCCUGAGCAGCAUUCCAACGUACAACGCCGCCAUGGAUUCCAACAGCUUCCUGAAAAACUCUUUCCACAAGUUCCCCUACCCCACCAAAGCCGAGCUCUGCUACUUGACUGUGGUGACCAAGUACCCAGAAGAGCAGCUGAAGAUCUGGUUCACUGCCCAGAGGCUGAAGCAGGGCAUCAGCUGGUCACCAGAGGAGAUUGAAGAUGCCAGGAAGAAGAUGUUCAACACCGUUAUUCAGUCCGUGCCACAACCCACGAUCACUGUGUUGAACACGCCGCUGGUUGCGAACCCCGGGAGCGUCCCCCACCUGAUCCAAGCGACUCUACCAGGGCACGUGGUGGGACAGCCGGAGGGGACGGGGGGACUGCUGGUCACCCAGCCCAUCAUGGCAAAUGGCUUGAAAGGCACCAGCUCCUCCUUCACCUUGGCAGUGACGUCUGUCCCCAAGCCACAGGCAGCGGCGCAGCACGGCACGGUGAGCUCCUGCAACGCGGCGGGUGUGAAGGUAGUCAGCAGCGGCCAGUCGCUGCUCACUGCCUGCCCGGCCAUCUCCUCACAGACCUUUCUAGAUCCCAACGUGUACAAAAACAAGAAGUCCCACGAGCAGCUCUCAGCAUUGAAAGGCAGCUUCUGCAGAAACCAGUUCCCUGGCCAGGCAGAAGUCGAGCGGCUGACGAAAAUCACGGGACUUUCCACCAAGGAGAUUCGGAAAUGGUUCAGUGAUAGGAGGUACCACUACAGGAACGUGAGAGGCGGCCGGGCUGUCUUCCCUGGAGACAGUGCUCUCGAUUCUCUGCCCGAAAUAACCUUUGACAUCUCACCCAGAGGAGCUGAGCUGAGCCCUGCGGCAGCGGCAGCCACGCCGGCCCCUCACCACCCGCCGCGGCGACAGUCGUGGCACCAGGCGCCUGACUUCACACCGACCAAGUACAAAGAGCGGGCGCCCGAGCAGCUGAAGGCCCUGGAGAGCAGUUUUGCUCAAAAUCCCCUUCCUGCGGAGGAGGAGGUGAACCGCCUGAGGGGAGAAACGAAGAUGACAAGGAGGGAGAUUGAUAGUUGGUUCUCGGAGAGGAGGAAGAAGAAGGUGGCGGAGGAGAAUAAGAAAGUGGAGGAGGCUGCUCGGCAGGAGGAGGAGGAGACAGAAAAUGGUGGUGGGGAAGGGGAGGACUCCUCAGAUGAGCUGAGGGCUGCGGGCGAAAACGGCUCGAUCGAUGCCUCUGGCAACAACCCAAACUCCAUGGAGAGGAAAGUCAGUCCCAUCAAAAUCAACCUGAAGAACCUGCGAGUGACCGAGUCCAACGGCAAAAACGAGUUACCGGGGACCGGCGCAAACGAGAAAGGGGACGGCAGCUCCAGCCGGCCGCCCACCCCCCCAAAAACCAAACUCAACUUUAAAAAGACAGCCCAGCAGCGGCACCUGCUGAAGCAAAUGUUCGUGCAGACCCAGCGGCCCACGAACCAGGAGUACGACGCCAUCGUUUCCCAGACGGGUCUGCCGCGGGCCGAAGUCAUUCGCUGGUUCGGGGACAGCCGGUACGGCUACAAGAACGGGCAGCUGAAGUGGUAUGAGAACUACAGGCGGGGGGUGUUCCCCCCGGGGCUGCUGGAGCUCAGCCCCGCCGGCCGGGAGCUGCUGGACGACUACUACGAGAAGCACAAGGGGCUGCGGGAGGAGGACGUGGCCGGCCUCUGCGAGCGCGCCCACCUCAGCGCCCAGCAGCUCAAGGUGUGGUUUGCAGUGAAGGCCGAGGAGGAGAGCAAAGGUGCCGGCCCCGAGGAGGCGGGCGAGGCGCCGGGAAGCCGGAAAGGGCCGUGCGAGGCUGUCUCAGAGGUGUCGGAGAGCAGCGAGUCGUGGGAGCCGGGUGGCCAGGAAGGCAGCGCCGGGACCCCCGACGCCCCCGGCCCGCCGCCCGCCACGCGGCUUGAAACAGACUGAGUUCACACCUCAGCCCCGGAGGAUCCACUCUUACCCUCGAGAAGAAAGUUUUUUGGUCUUUAAGAAAACCCACGGGCCGGCCUGAUCCGAACCUCGGGAGGCAGGACGUGGCGGUAAAGCACUGCCAUGAGCGAGACCUUUGAGCUCAGCACCCGAGAGGGGGUGUGUGCAGACACUGGGUGCCGGGCUCUGCACGGCCGUGGCACGGCUGAGGGCUGGCGGAGGCGGCGGCUCCGCUCGCACCCAGGACGUGGGGUGCUCUCGUUUGCUUUCCAGCGGACAGACGUUCAGAGUUCAUAUUCAUAUACCGAUGCCUACAGCUGCCUAUACAAGCAUAACAAAUCUCAGACGUUGUGUAAACAAGGUCAUUGCUUAGAUAUGGACAUGGCACAGUACUUUAUUUUCUGGUUUUCUGUUUUUUCAUCUGUCCGUUGAGGUGUUUGUUCUCUCAAGGCUGCACAGAGUGUCUCUGCCCUUUCUGGUCCUUCAGCCCUGGCACUGAGGGGCUUUGUGGGCACGCAAGCGUGUACGUGUGUCUGAGGAAAGGUGGCUGAGAAGAAACCCGCCGGUCUUGCGUUGAAGCCCGGUGGGAGUUGGGUGAGAUUUUCAUCCCCACGGACGUUAGGUUUAGCAUUGCACACUCUCCAAUAAGUAGGAGGUUCCCAGACCCAGGCAACGCAGGAGAUGGAGGUUGGUGUCAUUUGUCUCUUGCUGGCUAGAAUAUUUUCCCCUGUGCUCCUGGAGACUGACUGUAGCAGGCUAUUACAUCUCCAAGUCUCCCUUUAAUCACUUGAGAACUAGCACAUCGUAACUUUUCCAUCCUGACCUGGAAUCCUUUUCAUUGUUCAGAGAGAACAAGCUGUUCUGCAGAGAGCAAGCACAGAGAAUAACGCAGCCUUGCUGUGAGUGCUUCGAGCCAUUGUUGUCUCCGAGGGAUCCGCGAGGCAGCAGCUCAUCUGCAACCAGGAAGUUUCCCUCUUGCAGCCCCACAUGACAGCUCCUGCAGCACUGCUCUUAACUUCAACUGUUUGCUCCAGCCUCCUUUUUUUUCCCCUCUCCCUUUUUUUUUUCCAGCCCAUCUGCAAUAGUUUUGGCGAACCAGCAAAAUAAACGUCCCGGUUAACCUUCCUGCUUCCUGGUACCUGUACAUUUUUGCUGUGCCCAUGUUGCCUUGGAUGGUUGCUGUGCGCUGCAGCUACUUGAAGAUUUAAACAAAAAAGAGAUUAUUUUCUAAUAGAAAUCAAGGUUUAGAAGGGAAACUCUUGAGCUGAGCAGUGCAGCCAAAUGCUGUGUCAGGCUGUUCUGUCACAAACUAAUCAGAUCUCAGCUCAAAAUUGGUUCCAUGUCUCGCCUUCACUUUUGUUCUUGGGAGGCUAUUCCAGAAUUUCACUGCCUUUGAAUGGUUAGAAACGUUAUUUAAAUCUCUAGUUUGAAUUAAGUCGUGGCUGGUUCAUUCCUGGUUUGUUUUGGAGCCAACAUUGUCCUUUAACUUAAAUAGUUUCUGGUGUUUAUCCGCUGAUGUAUUUAUGGAGAGUAGUCAUAGCUCCUUAUUUUUGCCAAGCUAACUCAGCUAAGCUUCUUCAGUAGAAGGUUUUUAUUUAGUGAGAGCUGUUUAAUGUGGGAGACUUUAUUGUUGGUGGUAAGUGAUAUUUAUUAGAAGGGUGGGUAGCAAGCCCCAAAGGAUGGGAUCCAGAGAUUUACAAAAAAAUCUGGUUUAGGAACAAAAAAGCUCUUUCAGAACCUUUUCCAAAGAUGGUGUCUGAUUUCUACCUUUAAUUGCCUUUGCUUUUCCAGCUCUUUCUCUGGCCCCUCUUCCAGAGGCCGCUUUGCUCAACUGUUAGGGGAGGCUUUAUCAGGUCGGUGCUUCGUGAGAGCGGCCUCCUCUCGCCUGGCCAUACCUGCCUACGUGGCAGGUGCCUGUGCCCAGGCUGGCAUUGCUCCCCAGGCACAUGCCACAGCACUCCCAGCUGAGCCUGAGCAUCUGCUUCAGGAGGAGAUGACCUGCACCCCGAAGACAGCUGGGGCCCCACACUCCCAUCCAGGCCCUGCUCUCCCAUGCCCACCCCUCCCAGCCAGAGGAGCCCUCCCCAGAACACUGGGCAGCCGUGGUGUGGGCAGGUGGGAUGUCACCCAGAGCACCAGGGUCACACCAGGCUCCCGAAAUCUCUUGCUGUGUGGAAGCUCUGCUGCCAAUCAUGCUGUGGUUGGUGGCACGGGCUCCGCGCUGCCUCAGCCCCCGUGGGGCAGCAGAGCCCCUGGGGUUCACCCUGUGGAUGGCACCCCAGAAUGUGCCAGGGCAGUCCUAGUGCUGGAGGUGGCACAUCUGGGAGUCCUGUGGCCCCAGAGUUGUGUGUGUUUGAUGUUACCUUCAGAGAACAAAUACAGGUAGGUCAGUUUAGUCUGUAGUGUCUAUGUACAUGCAGGUUCAUUUAAGUACACAUAUAUACAGUUCAGAUAUGCCAUUGAUCCUUUAUUGCAUUGAGGUACAUUACAAAUGUACACUUGUACUAGCUACUUGCUAUAUGAAUAUGUUGGAAGUGUAAUUUGCCCAUUCAAGGUGAUUUUCUGUGGGGUUUUUGGUAUACACUUGAAGGCCUAUGGCUAACUGGAAGAGUGAUCCCUGCUCCAGCUACAGAAGUGCUGAAGGACUGUGUCCUUAAGAACUGGUCCCUUUUGAACCAUUUUCCCCUGCACAAGCUGAUUUUUUUUGCACUUGGAUUGUAUUUGGCCAGUUUUCCAGAAAAAUUGAAAAGGGGUUUUGUGAGCUAGAGGGAGAGCUUCCCGGUGUACACAGAAAAAGCAGCCUUGAGGGCUGGAAGCUGCUGAGGUUUCUGAGCUCUGUCUCUGUGCAUUCAGACAGGCCCAGCAGGAGUUUUCUUUCUUUUGGGUCAGAGGAACUUCUAACAAGUGGUUCCAUGCAGGCUCCCCUCAGACACAGCGACGGGGCUGGCAAGCCCCACUGCGCCAGGAGGGUAAGAGUUAGAGACUGAACAAUCACAAAGUAAUUGAGUUCACUUCUCAAUUCCUACAUCCCUUGUUAUCUGCAUUUUUAGUUGACUUGAAAUCUCCAUGAAAGCAUAAGCUGAAGAUUUUCUUUGAGGGUUUAGCUCUGUGGUCCUCAGUUUCCCUAUUGCUUUGUUUCCAAAGCUGGGAAGGAGGUGUCACCUCCAAACAGACUCAGGUUUUGGUGCAGGGCGUUAAAAUGUGUUUCCAUCCAAAACUAAAAGGAGUUUUUGAUGGUCCCAGCAGCAGCUCUCAUGGUGUCACGAGGAAGCACUGCCACAGUUCCUACAGUCUGUGAAUAUUUAUCAUCCCCUAGUCAAAGAUGACUAUCAUGGCUUGAAAGGAGGGCUGUGGGAGAGAAGUUGUGUCACCAGCAUCAGUAAGGAUGGCAAAUUAAACUCCUCAGAUCCUGUGUGUGAGCUUGGGCUCGACAGGCACAGUCGUACCCAUCAUUUUAACCCAUGUGAAUCUUGUUACUUGUGUCUCUGAGGCCCUUUAGAUCAAGGGCACAAUCAAUUGCUUGAUAACCCAAAGCCCUGGGUGGUGCUGACCCGGUGCUCUUGUGUGAUGUUCUCACGGUGCAAGGAACAGGGUUACUUCAUCCCUUAGCAGCAGGCCCUGCCAUUGCUAGACGUGGCUCUGUGUUUCAUUUGGGUACCUGAUUUCUCAGCUCCUUAAUUACCAUCCUGGAAAUCACUGUUUUAUGUGUAUGUUUUUCUUUAGCAGAACACUAAACAAACUGUGAUGUAGGGGUUCCUAUGUCCAGUUGCCUGUGAGCUGAGCAGUGCUGCACUGCUGGGCCCACAGCCAGGGUGAAGGCUGGGCAGAGGUGUUUGGCCUGAUGCUCAGCUCACAGCUCCAGCUGCACGUCCCCUUCCUGCCCCAGCCUUCCCUUGGGGACCACAUGAAGCCCUUGGCAAAAGCAGGAGGUGCUGGAAACUGUGAUGAGAAACCCUGUAGCCUCCCCCCAGCUGAGUGCAGCCCCUUCAAGGUUGACCACAGGUAGAAGUGUUCUUUUCUGCCUUCCCUGCAGCCCCUCUUAGACAUGUGGCAGAGGCACCCUGAUGGGAAGGUGAUGUUUGGAAGCUGGGUCACAGGGAAUUGGAAGAGAAAGAUGAUUUUCAGCACUUGGGUACACAUUAGAGAGUUAAUAUGAUACUGCACCUUCCCUCGAGGUUGAUGGUAUUUAAAAUGCUUGUACACCUGUCUCUCCUGCUGCCCAGAGAACUGUGGCUUCGCUCCCUCCAGCUCAGCAGCAGCCUGAUGUGGUUCUGUCGCUGCAGUGGCCGGGGCUGCUCGUUGGGCACAGAGCCAGCAGGGUAAGAUCAGGCGGUGCAGCCGAUGCAGGGAGGGGGAUGAGCCCCUUGUGAGCUGCACCUUUUGCUUUUUAGCAAGCCGAGUUUCUGCUGUCAGUUGCCCUGGCAGCACUCCCUGCCAGCGGUGCUGCACUGGCCUGGCACAGCACUAGAGCACAGUGAGAAGCCCUUACUGAAGCCCUGAUUGCUUUUGUUUGGGUUCUCUUUCCCUGUUCUUGCCGGUUGCAGUGCGGAGUUGCUCUGUUGGCUGACACGGCCCCAUUGUGACUAAAGCCACAUUUUCCCUGGGCUGACAGAGGGUGGCAGGAGGACUUUUGCCCACUGGUGCUAGUGAAGGUGGGAGGAACCCGUGGCAUAGAAAGCUUCUUGCUGAAGUUGCACUUUCUCUCUGCCCCGUCUGGCUCGUGGUGGUGUGAUGGGUACGUGGCUCCAUCCCCUUGCACACACUAACGUUGCACUAAAGAGAGACUUGGGGAACAGCGUGUUGAUCACUUUGUUUCUCACCAGCCCACAACAUCAGCCUGAUGGGGUCUCUUUCUCGUCGUUGUUUGUUUAAUUGUUGUUAUUUAGAAAUCAAGCUGGUGCUGAAUGACCUGGAAUUAGUUUGGUUUGUUGUUCUUUUUCCUUGCUUGGAUUUAUCCAAAAGAAACUGUAAUUGUAGCUGUACUGGGACCUUUCAUAAGGGUGGCCAUGCAGCGAGGGAGCAGGGCAAGGGCCCUGCUGUGGGAACUGUCUUUGUACCGGGGAGGUGUGGGGGGCUCUGGGGGGGGAUUAGUGGUGUGUUUUUCUUAAGACCACAAUUUCAGAUGGUCACCUUGGCAAUCGUGUGAGACAGGAACUAGUUUUUACUUUUGGUAAAGGUUUUAAAGAGAAAACAAAAGGAUAAGAAAGAGUGAAGCUGCCUGUGAGUGUGGGCUGUGGCUAUUACUAGGGCUAGGGUAGCUUGGACCUGCUAUGGACUUGACCUGCUCUCGUUGCGAGGGCAAGAACUCCCUGUAGCAACAAUGCCACUUCUGAGAAGUGAAUGGCAAGUUUCCCUUCCUUUUGUAUAUGUGGAUGUGAGGGUGGGCGAGGGGAAGAGCUUGCUUGUACAGUUUGUUGAAAUGAAACCAGACAUUUUUGGUUGUUCCUAAAUAAAGAGUGUAAAAGAU